GCAAAAAAUGGGAAAAGAUUAAAAAGGCGAAGCCGUGAACUCGCGAGGAUUCACUUCCCGCCCAUCGGCAGUUUUGAGAGAGAGAUCGACUCUCCCGCCAUAAUGCUUUCCACCGGCUACAGCCGGUGGCCUUGCGCAUAAAAGCCUUGGCCUCACAGAUCCUCCGAGCCGUACCCAAACCGGAGCCACCGGAAUCAACUUUCUCCCUCUUCGCGCCUUCGCCUUUACGGGCUUCGUCUCUUCAACCUGACGGAGGAGAAAGUGAAAAUUAGGGUUCCGAGCUCCCGAUUGGCUUGAAGCUCAGAGUAGGUUGAUUGCCGAGCAGAGUGGUGGUCUGCCUCCGCGGUGUUAGUUAUGAGUGCCGUGAACAUCACAAACGUCACCGUGCUGGACAACCCGGCGCCGUUCCUGACCCCGUUCCAGUUCGAGAUCUCGUACGAGUGCCUGUCUCCGCUCAACGACGAUUUAGAAUGGAAGCUUAUCUAUGUGGGAUCUGCUGAGGAUGAGACCUAUGACCAACUAUUAGAGAGUGUACUCGUCGGGCCUGUUAAUGUUGGGAACUAUCGCUUUGUACUGCAGGCAGACCCACCGGAUCCAUCAAAGAUCCGUGAAGAAGACAUCAUCGGUGUUACUGUACUUCUCUUAACUUGCUCUUACCUGGGGCAAGAAUUUAUACGUGUAGGCUACUACGUGAAUAAUGAUUAUGAAGACGAGCAGCUGAAAGAGGAACCUCCCCAGAAGGUGUUGAUAGAUAAAGUACAAAGGAACAUCUUAUCUGAUAAGCCUCGGGUCACAAAGUUCCCAAUCAAUUUCCACCCUGAGAAUGGUGAAAAAGGAGAAGAACUACAGGCGCCUCCACCAGAUCAGCCUACUGAAAUUGUUGGAGAUGGUGAGCAACCAGCUGAUUCAGGAACACUAAUUUCCGGGCAGGAAGCUUAGGAACCGCAAUACUCUUUGAUCAGUCUUUCUGUAUUUAAUAGAGUGGUUUUAGUCUACAAUGUAGGAGACGGUUUUGCAAGAUAUUGAUCAAGAAAAUUCAUCACAGCAGCAUGUUUUUGGCUGUCGAAGCAGUGCAAUAACUAGGACGAAUCAAGGCUUUUUAUGUCUCCCAUGGUUGGCUGCUUAUCGUCUGUUUAUUUGCAGUUUCGAGACAUUUGGUACGAAGCAACAAUGAUUAACUGAAGUAGGUUUGCCUUAGAUAAUGAAUUUAUACCGAACUCUUUCUGUCCAA